AUGCUUCAGACUCGACCGCCGUCGACCUCGGGCAUCAUCUCCGCGAGCCAGCCGCAUGGCAACCAUCAAUACAUGGGGAGCACGUCGCAAGCACCGCGGUCUGUGUAUCAAGGUGCUGGCGCACCCACCUAUCACGGGAACGGCACCCCGGUGCAACCGUACGCCUUUGCGAGCACGCCGAAUUUGCACCAGAGUACGGCGUGGAACCAGUACGGCACUUUCAGGACACAUUCGUCGCCGGCCAUCGUAGGACCGCACACGUUCGAUCCGAGCAUGAACUUUCGUAUCCCGGUUCUGAACGGUCCCUCGGCUGCGACUAUGGGGGCUUCGCCCUCGUUCGGAGUUAGCCACGGCGGCUCGCGUGACGACUCUGCCAUUUCUACGGCUCGAACCAUCGUCCCCGCGGUCCGACCGCAGUCCUUUAUUGCCGUGAACAACCAACCGUCCUUCGGCUCGGCAGCGGCUGUUAGGAACGCACCUGACCGAUACAGGCGGUCGUCGAGUGGGGGAGUUACUCAUCACGGCCGCUCCAAGAGUUCCACUCUUCCACCCAGCAUCACCAUGCUAAAUCCCGGCCAACAGCACGGCGGACCGACCGCCCCCACUUUUGCUGCGCAGAGCCACGCCGGCAGCCAAGGCUUGGCCACGACCUCGUCGAUGGAUGACCUUCGACUCUACAAUAACAAGACGCGUCAAGAGGAGGGCAAGAGACUGCGGCAUCGUAGCAGGCACACGGUAGAUUCACCCGAACUUCAGAAGGUUGCUGGUGCUCCCGCCAUGGGUGACGCCACCCGGACGGGGCCGACGUCUAAUCGCAGUUCGGAAAAGGGCGCAAAAUCGGCUCGGAUGGCUUCCAGCCAGGCCCACUCACGCAGCGGCAGCUCGUCGAGCGUCUCUUCCACUCGCAGCAGCCACUCGCGUUCAUCCUCAACUGCCGCCAACCGCAAUGUGUCGACCCCCACCGCCAACCCCUCUUUACCUGCGUCUGAUGAGCCGUCGACCAAUACUGAGCAGCCAAAAAUGGUGACGAUCCCUCCGCGAGGCUCGUCUGACGCGGCGAAACGCACACUUAAUCCCUCUCCUCUCUCCAGGCCGGUGACAAUGGACGAGGACCUGUCCUCGCAGACCGCGCCUGCUGGGCCGGCCAGUGCCAAUGUGGAGUCCCCGGCGGCCCAACAUUUGGCGGCCAUCAAUCGGAAGAGAAGCAAGCCGAAGAGCAAAACUUCACGACUGCGAAGAGCCUUUUCUUUUGGCAGCGCAGCAGAUUUCCGCAAAGCUGCCGGCGGGCAGGGCCACGACCUUGACAGGGCCGAGCCAUCGAAGCUUCACAAGGAGCCCUCGCCCGACGAGGCCUACGAUGUCGAGCAGGCUCGCAUUGCCGAGGCGCAAGAAGCCGCGGGCAUCGGGAACAGCAUUUACGGCGGCCGCUUCUUCGGCUCGACGGACAACCUGUCCAUCUCCUCGACGGCGUCGUCGGCGUCCAUCAUGAUCAGGAAGAUGGGCCACGGCAUGAAGAAAAGCACUCGAUCGCUCGCCGGGCUUUUCCGACCCAAGUCCGUCAUCGGAGUUCCGGCCGCCGACUCGGCGACGCCAGAGGGCAGCGAAGCCACCGUGUCCAUGAUCACGGCCGAAGCGGAAGCGCAACGUGUGAACGUCACGGCUGACCCGGCGGCGGCGAACGGCGGGACCGGCUUCCCCCACCUCGAGCGAAACUCACUAGACGCCGCCCACGUUCCCGAGAUGUCCGAUCGACUCGGGAGUUCGGGAACGGACAAUUCUGCGUCGCGCAAGAGCAUCAUCGGAGGCGACAAGGAGCGUGCCGAGGUUCUUGCCGCCGUGCGGAAGGGCAUCUUGAAGCGCUCUUCCAGCCCAUCUCUCCAGGGGUCGCCCGAGCUUGUGCUUCCCAGCAUGCCAGCCAUUUCCGACUCCCCGAGCUCGAGCGCGCCGAGCACGCCCAACGACGAGUCGCACGGACACAGAAGGACGGGGUCGAUUGCCAUCGGCAACGAGGAUUACUUCAUGUCCGCGCUGCGUCUCCGACAAGACACGAAGAGCCCUCCCGGAACAUCGCAGGGCUCGAAGCGGAACGCGAAAUUCUCCCCUCGCAUCAUCUUCUACGACACUUGGCCAAGCCAAGAAUACGAUCGCCGAGGCGAGGUCGCAACCUGCAAUCGGCUCACGCCGAUGCUGGCUCAGCAGAUCAAGGAGGAGCUCAACACGUUCAAGAUGGAAAUGGAAGUGCACGAGAAUUCCAAGAUAUACACGCACUUCUUCUGA